AUGGAUGAUAAUAAUAAAUUUGGAGUCUUAAUGAUUGAUGAGAAAACUAGAAUCUUAGUAGUGAAAAACAUUAAAUGUACUUUAAACCAUAAUGUAAUUAACCAACGGUUUGGGUUUUUCUCCCAAAAACAAGAGAUUUAUUUAACAGUGCAAUAUGGGGAUGACGAAGGGUCUACCAAGUCCGCUCGACUUAGAAAAGGUCAAGAUAAAAAAAAAAAAGCGUAUUACACCGAAUCAAUCACGCUUCCUAUCACCAAAGUUUCUGAAGAAUUUAAGGUAACUUGUUAUGAUGGAAAAGAUGUCGGUAAUAUUUUGGGUGUCACUAAAGACACCCUCAAGGACGCCCUUAAUAGAAGAGGGGCACAGGAUGAUGUAGGCAAAGGCAGAAAAGUUCAACUGGAAUUAUCUCGGGGCGGAGAAAUUGUCGGCGAGGUAACAUUAUACCUCAUGUUUCUCGGAGUGGAAGCACCCCGACAACAAAUGCGACAAAUUGAACUCGAAUCAUUACGUGGAACAAUAAUUGGGGUAAUGAUAAUCGAUAACAUUAGAAUAAAAAAUCUCAAUGGACAUAGGGGCCAUUUACGGGUGAUGCUUGGGGAUGAAAAGGCAAGCACUGAAAAAUAUUUCAGGACUACUGAUAAUACGGAAUGCCCGUAUGCGAUUGUUCUCCCGGAGGAGGAUCUUUGGUUAAAACUCAUGAAUGGUGGUCAGGUUUCUGUUCCGGAAAUCUCAUUUUACACUGGAAGUUCACUAGCCGCCACGGCUAAUUUGAAAAUAUCGAUGCAUAAAUUUUUAAACCCUUUACAAUUACUUCCACAUACAGAAGAAGUACUUAUUGAUCUUCACGAGUUGAGUGAAGCAAACGUCAUGCACCUCGGCAGCCUUACUCAAAAAGAUAAACUUGAAUAUCUUCACCAUGAAAACGAUGAUUAUGAUCGUAUAAAUAUCUCUCCUGUCUCUCCUUCAAACACAACACCCGAAAGUUUAGAACAACAAAGCAUACCUAGCGAUGAAGAUUUAGAUCCGUCAAUAACGCAGCCAGUAAUGCAGCCAAUGCAGCAGCCAAUGCAGCAGCGAAUGCAGCAGCGAAUACCGCCAAUCGAAAUAAUUCCUAUUCAAUCUCGACAGACCUCAACCAGUACAAUGGAUGGUAGAUGUGAUUCCCCCUCAAUUUAUAGUAAUAGUACAAGUCCUUCUUCUCUAUCGAAAUCUAUUAGAUCUACAAAGUCCAAAAAACUCGAUAAUUCAUUACGUAUUAUCUGUCAAAGAUAUGUGAUUGUGUCACCAGUAUCUGCCGGACCACAUAAAACCUUUAACAAAAAUGCAAGCAGAAACCGGGUUUAUCUAGCUAAGCACCUUUUUACGGACUGUGACUACAUUUGCAAGGAACACUUCCAUCCCUCUUCCUUCUCGAAUGAAAUCAAGCAUCUCAGGAACCUCAAAUCAGAUUAUAUUGUAAAAUGGGCGGAUCUCGAAAGAUGUGAAGAUGGAGGGGGCAUUAUAGUAUUAGAAAAUUAUGGUGAAAGUUUAGACAACAUUUAUCACCGCUUUCGUAAACUCCACAACAUUGUGGAGCUGUUUUACAACAUUUGUGGGGCAGUUCAAUUCCUAUACAAUCACGGUGUAGUGCACACGGAUUUAUGUCCAUCAAACAUCAUUUGCGAACAACGCACAAACACAAACAUCAAGCUUUGUGACCUGGAACAUGUAAAGUUUAAGGAUGAUGUUAUUAAUGGUUCCACAUCACAACAACAGGCUCUGACGAUUGGAUUCGCACCACCGGAAUUUUUCAACCCAAAUCAGGAAAUUCUGUACGCUGAACAUAAUCAAGAUAUAUUUAGCGUGGGAGCAAUUUUUUACUUUCUUUAUACGAAAAAACUUUUGUAUAAAGAUACGGAAGAUUUAAAUUCCUUAUGUAGGGAAUUUGAGACUAAAAUUAAGGAGGAGAUCCCGCAAGAAGAUAUAUCAAAUAUAAUAAUCAAAAGUUGCAGGGUUAAUCCUGAGGAUCGAUGGGGUAUUUCAGAACUUUGGCUUCCACAAAGUCAAUACUGUGCCGGUUCCAUUGUUGAUUUAUCUGCUUUACUUGCAGAUACUCGAUCUUGGCAAGCAUCCGCACAAAGUAACAGAACAGAAUAUUCUAGCGAAACCCAAACUCUUUGGAUUGAAUUUAUUCCGAUAUACACAUCCUUGAUGAAGAUACUUACACUUAAUUCGCCCACUUUGUUGCUUGAACAUUUUCGAGCCUCUUCAUCAUUCACAUCUCGACAACGUUUUCCCGAAGUUAUGCGAUUAUCAUUGUAUGUCGCGCCACUGCCGGUUGAUUUAUCUGCUUUACCUGAGAUACCCGAUCUUGACGUGUUCACAAUCUUGUUUCAAGUUCUUUACCG